AUGCAAGCAUUAAAUAGACCUAACGAUUUGGAAGAGACGGCAAGACAAUGCGAUGAGCUGAGACACUUGCGUUCUGAUCUAACUGAAAAUCAACGAUCCUAUCAAGAGAAAAUCCGCACCAUUCCUAGUAAUCGACCUCCCUAUUCGAAAGCGUACCAUAUAGAGUUGGAGAAUUAUAAAAAAUAUUUCCAUGAUAAUCUCGAGAAAAACUUUAUGAACCAUUAUGCCAAAUCGAACUUUUUGCAAUGCAUGUUUCAAGAACCACCUGCCCACAUUAACCAACAAAUACUAUCCGACACUGAGGCUGCAAAUCAAACCCUCAGAAAAAACCUGCAGAAUUAUACUUCAAACAUCAAUAAACUUAAGAACACCAUUGCUGAAACUGCAAACUUGAUUAAAAAGGGCAAUGCAAAGAGUGCCGAGAUAGAACAUGCAUUGAGUGAAGUGUUCGACAUGGAAGUGGAAAUAAAUCGUAUGAAGAAAUCAUCACAUUCAGACAUGUCACUUGAAGAAGCCAUGGAUAUUCUAGCAAAGCAAUCAGAGGAUCUAGCUUUAAUAAACAAACAGGCCAAUGAUACCCGUGAUCAGGUGGAUGAUCUUGAAUGGAAAGUACAAAAGAAACGAAGAGAAAGAGAUGCACUGAAGGAGAGGUUGGCCAAAGUAGCAAGCUUAAAGGAAACCACGAUACAGUCAAGUAGUGAGAGGGAUCCACAAACAGAACGAGAUUAUAAGGAUUAUAAGAAGGCCGUGGAAUUGUGUAAGAGUAUUCAUUGCGUGGAGUCAUUUGAUAACAAGAGCUACUCACAUGCGCGCAUUAUCUUUGCACAACCCUAUGAUGCUAUAUUGGAUAUACAAAUUAAUUUACAAAAGGACGUCAUUACGAAUGCAAAUGUGAGUCAUGAAUUCUGA